AAACAGCACGAAAGAACAGAGCCGUGUGUUGUUUGCCUGUUCUUCUAAAAAAAAACUUUCUCCCUCACUCCCUUCCUCCUCUCUCCUUCUUCUUCUACGGCACCGAUCAUUUUUAAAUUCCAAAUUUACCCUUAGAUCUAAUCCUUUGUUUCUCUUCACCGGCCGCGUCUACCCACCGUUACCGUAUUUCUGAUCUUAUCUCAGCAAACAAUGGCUUCAGCGAAGACGAGUAGUCGUUCGCGAGGGACGCCGGUGAAGGAGAACGGCACGAAGCUCGAGGAAGGACUCAACGUCUUCAAGUCUGAUAGAUUCAACGCCGAUUCUUACGUUCAGUCCAAAUGCUCUCUAAACGAGAAGGAAAUAAAGCAGUUAUGCUCGUAUCUUUUGGAUUUAAAGAGGGCUUCAGCUGACGAAAUGCGGAAAAGUGUUUACGCUAAUUAUGCUGCGUUUAUAAGGACGUCGAAGGAGAUAUCAGAUUUGGAAGGGGAGUUGUUGUCUAUAAGAAAUUUGUUAUCUACUCAAGCAACUUUGAUUCAUGGUUUAGUAGAGGGAGUUAACAUUGAUUCUUUAUCUUUGAAAGCAUCUGAAGGGUCUUUGGUAAAUGGGUUAGAGAAUGUUGAAGAUAGAGAGCCGACUGAUUUGGAGAGAUGGUUGGCUGAGUUCCCUGAUAUGCUUGAUGUUUUGUUAGCUGAGAGGAGAGUGGAUGAAGCUCUGGCGGUGAUUGACGAGGGAGAACGUAUAGCUGCUGAAAUGAAAAAAACAGAAUUGUCAAGUCCUGGUAUACUUAGGUCUUUAGAGAUAGCGAUUACAGAGCGCGGGCAAAAGUUGGCUGAUCAGCUUGCUGAAGCUGCUUGCCAACCUUCUACUCGCAGUAGUGAACUUCGUGCAGCCAUAUCAGCUCUUAAAAAGCUCGGGGAUGGCCCUCGAGCUCAUAGCUUGCUCCUCAAUGCACACCUCCAAAGAUAUCAGUAUAAUAUGCAAAGCCUCUGCCCGUCUAGCACAUCAUAUGGAGGAGCUUAUACGGCUGCACUGUCACAGAUAGUGUUUUCUGCAAUCGUUCAAGCUUCUAGUGAUUCUUUGGCUAUUUUCGGUAAGGAACGGGAGUAUAGGUCUGAGCUUGUGAUGUGGGCCACCAAGCAAACAGAGGCCUUUGCGGGUCUUGUUAAAAGACAUGCAAUAGCGUCAUCAGCAGCUGCUGGAGGUUUAAGAGCCGCUGCAGAGUGUGUUCAAAUAGCUUUAGGUCAUUGCUCUUUGUUGGAAGCUCGUGGUUUGGCACUCUGUCCUGUGCUAUUAAAACUCUUUAGGCCUAGUGUUGAACAAGCCUUAAAUGCCAAUCUAAAACGAAUUGAAGAGAGCACUGCUGCUUUGGCUGCUGCUGAUGAUUGGGUACUUACUUAUCCUCCAACCAGUACUCGGCAGUCUGGCAGGUCUUCUGUUACAUCUCUUGGUAAUGCAGCAGCAUUUCAACAUAAACUUACAAGUAGUGCCCAUCGCUUCAAUUUAAUGGUCCAGGACUUCUUUGAGGAUGUAGGACCACUCUUAAGCAUGCAAAUGGGAGGCCAAACACUGGAAGGUUUGUUCCAAGUAUUUAACUCGUACGUGAACAUGCUCAUAAAAGCUUUACCAGGUUCGAUGGAAGAAGAGGCAAACUUUGAAGGUUGUGGAAAUAAAAUUGUGCAAAUGGCUGAGACUGAAGCUCAACAAAUUGCAUUACUGGCUAAUGCUUCAUUAUUAGCAGAUGAACUACUCCCACGUGCAGCCAUGAAACUUGCACCUCCGAAUCAGGCUAAUUACAAGGAUGAUUCCCGUAGAAGACCUUUAGAUAGGCAGAACCGUCAUCCUGAGCAACGAGAAUGGAGGAAGCGGCUUGCAGGUUCGGUUGAUAGAUUAAAAGAUGCUUUCUGUCGACAACAUGCACUGGAUCUCAUUUUUACAGAAGAUGGUGAUAGCUAUCUUACUGCAGAAAUGUAUACAAACAUGGUUGGAAGUGCAGAUGAGGUAGAUCGGUUUCCAUCCCCAAUAUUCCAGGAACUUUUUGUAAAACUGAACCGUAUGGCUAGUAUAGCAGCAGAGAUGUUUGUAGGAAGGGAAAGAUUUGCAACAUUACUAUUGAUGAGACUUACAGAAACAGUCAUUUUAUGGCUUUCAGAAGAUCAAAAUUUUUGGGAUGAUAUCGAGGAAGGUCCAAGGCCUUUAGGUCCUCUUGGUAUACAACAGUUCUAUUUGGACAUGAAGUUUGUCAUGUGCUUUGCUUCCCAAGGACGCUACUUAUCACGAAAUUUGCAUCGCGUUGUCAAUGAAAUAAUUGCAAAAGCUUUGGCAGUAUUCUCUGCAACAGGGAUGGAUCCAGACAGGGAGCUGCCAGAAGAUGAUUGGUUUAAUGACAUUUGCCAAGAAGCAAUGGAAAGAUUAAGCGGAAAACCCAAAGCCAUCGAUGGGGAUAAUGAACUUGGUAGCCCAACAGCCUCUGUCUCAGCACAAUCAAUUUCAUCAGUCAGAUCUCAUGGAAGUUCAUAAGGCAAAGAGACGAGGUAUUCAAAUGGGUCCCAGAAUGAUGACCGGGAAGAGUUGAGCAAGUUCAUCAGUAUUCAUUCAGGCAUUGGACCCUGCAAAAUGAUUGCAUGAAAUAUUGACCUGGACCGAAUGAACAAGGAAACUGUCAAUGUCAAACCUAGAGUAAGGUACCGUACGCCAAUCUUCCCGAGCUCCUUUCCAAUGUAGAUUGUUUUCUUCAUCAAUAACACAACAUGCAGUUGUUAGCAGCAACAAUGCUAGAAGAUUCGGCAUUCCAUAGAAGCCUGGGAUCUCAUAGACUCCACCCACUUCCAAAGCUGCCGAAAAGCUCGCAACGUCCUUCACAUCCAUGGUCAUGUGCAUUACCCUACCAAGAUUCAGACCAGAAGUGAAGUGAAAUUAGUGUAUUAACAAAAUAUAGAAGGAAAGGGCAGAUGCAUAUGGUAGUUUCAUUGCUUUAUCUUGUACUAGUAUUGCUAGUCUAGCUGGCUGGUGAGUGGUUUAGGUCCGAAUGAUAUUUAACCUGCUUUAUAUUGAGAUGGUAUUUUGAAAA